AUGUCGAGCCUCCUAUCCGAACGUCAAAAAGAUGAGCUUCACCGAGCUAUGUUGUCCUACCUGCAUUCGUCAGGCAUGCAGGAGACCUACGAAGCUCUGAAGCGGGAGUCUGAGACUCCCGACUUUGAAGUCGAUGAUCCGAAAGCGAGAUGGGUCGGGCUGCUUGAGAAAAAGUGGACAAGUGUCAUACGGCUCCAGAAAAAAAUUAUGGAUCUUGAAUCUCGGAAUGCUGCCUUGCUAGCCGAACUAGCAUCACCAACCAGAGCCUCAGCAUCCGCAUCCUCAUCUUCCGCUCCAUUCCUUCCCCGUGCUCCUGCGAGACAUUCAUUGACAUCACAUCGAGCGCCUAUCACUCGCGUGGCGUUUCACCCGACAUGGACCGUCUUAGCUAGUGCCAGUGAAGAUGCAAGUGUGAAGAUCUGGGAUUGGGAGGGUGGAGAAUUCGAACGCACAGUGAAAGGUCAUACGAAAGCCGUGACGGACGUAGAGUAUAGUCCAAAAGGAACAUUGAUGGUGACCUGUUCCUCUGAUCUGACAAUAAAGCUUUGGGAUCCGGCGAACGAGUACAAUAAUACCAAAACUCUACAUGGUCACGACCAUUCCGUUUCGACGGUCCGCUUCACACCCGACGGAGAAAAGUUGGUAUCGGCGAGUCGUGACAAGUCCAUCAGGAUAUGGGAAGUGGCGAGCGGGUAUUGCGUCAAAACGUUGACGGGACAUGUGGAAUGGGUACGGGAGGUGGUACCCUCAGAAGACGGACGAUGGCUGUUAUCGAGCUCAAGCGAUCAGACAUCACGCCUCUGGGAUUUCGCCUCUGGGGAGUCAAAAAUGGAGUUCAGGGGUCACGAGCAUGUAGUGGAAUGUGCAGUUUUCGCUCCGACCGCUGCGCAUGCUGCUAUCCGCGAGCUGGCGGGAUUGCAGUCAACAGCAGCGGACGCUCGCGCCAAGACACCUGGCUCAUAUUCAGCUACUGGCUCCAGGGACAAGACGAUCAAACUAUGGGAUACUCAAUCCGGCCAAUGUCUCUAUACCUUUAAUGGCCACGACAAUUGGAUCCGAGCUUUGGUCUUCCAUCCGAUGGGCAAACACCUCCUAUCAGCCUCUGACGACAAGACGAUCAAGGUCUGGGACCUGACGAAUGGGCGUUGCGUCAAAACGGUCGAUGCUCAUGCUCAUUUUGUGACCUGUAUGACUUGGGGCAGAGCCGUGAUCGGUGGCGAUGCGAGCGUUCAGAAUGGAGAUCCCAAAGCGAAUAUAACGACAGAGCCGAGGAGAAUUAAUGUGAUUGCCACAGGGAGUGUUGAUCAAACGGUCAAGAUCUGGACACCGUGA